AUGGCAAACUUCCAGGCGCCGCUUUCGUCGUCCGAAAGUAGGAUGAAACAAGCAGUUCAUCUGAGGCCGCAAACCAAGAGUCCUACAGCUUUGGAGCUGACUGUUGCACAUUUGACUCCCAUGAGCCCUUCAUCCAAGACACACACUCUCCUAAGCCAUACCAGUGGUUUCGGAUACGACGUCUGGGAUCCAGCUCUCAUCAAGUGGCGCCAGUCGACCGGCACGACGAUCAAUGCGAACUCCUUUUCCGUUGAAUCGUUGAAGAUACCAUUGAAACUUCAAUCCGGUGAAGAUUGGCUCUACGGUAUCGGCUUUGAUUGGGCCGGCUACGUUGUGGAGUGGCUGACCCAGUUAUAUUUGGAAGAAUACAUGCAGUCAAACAUCUUCAAGCCAUUGGGCAUGACGAGGACCACGUUUCACAUAGCCAGAGCACCACGAACUCGAGCCAGCAAGAGCGAGUAUUGGUUUCUGCGCUCGGCCUCGUGA